GCAGGUGCUGGCCCCGCUCCUGUCCCGCCCGGGCCACCUCUGGUCCAACUUCUGGGGCGCCCUGAGCCCCGAGGGCUUCUACGCCCGCGCCCCCGACUACCUGGAGAUCCUGCAGGGGCACCGCAGGGGCGUGUGGAACGUGCCCUACGUCAGCCGCGCCUACCUGGUGGGCGGGGCCGCGCUGCGGGGGCCGCUGGGGGAGGGGCCUGUGUUCGACCACGCCCACCUGGACCCCGACAUGGCGUUCUGCGCCCGCGCCCGCGAGAAGGGGCUGUUCCUGCACGUCACCAACCGGCGCCACUUCGGGCACCUCCUGGUGACCAACGGCUACAACGGCACCGGGCGGAGGCACCCCGAGCUCUGGGAGAGGCCCCGGAACCCCUGGGACUGGGAUCAGCUGUACCUGCACCCCAACUACAGCCGGGUCCUGCGGGAGAAUCUGUUCCAGGAGCCCUGCCCUGACGUGUUCCAGUUCCCGCUCUUCUCGGCGCAGUUCGGGCGGGAGCUGCGGGAGGAGGCGGAGCUUCGAGGGGGGUGGGCGGAGCAUCACGAGGUGCUCUCGUGGGCGGUUCCCCUCUCCUCGCUGCACCUGGACCUGGUCCUGCAGGGGGCGCUGCGGGAGCUCCUCCCCCCCAUCGCCCGCCGCCUCUUCCCGGGAUACGCCCCCAAGGGCCGCACGGUGCUGAGCUCCGUGGUCCGCUAUGACCCCGCCCCUUCCGGCCACGCCCCCUCUGGCCCCGCCCCUUCGGCCCCGGCCCGGCCCUCGGCCACGAUCAGCCUGAGCAUCAGCCUGAGCCCCGCCCACGGCGGGGGGUGGCUGUUCCCCCGUUACGGCUGCGUCGCCCCCGCGCCCCCCCCGGGCUGGGCCCUGCUGCACCCCGGGCGCCUGACACACCUGGGGCAAGGUGUGCCCCCGACGGGGAGCGCCAGGUACGGGGACACUGGGGACA